AUGAGUGGUUUUGUCAAAGGUUCACAGCAAUGUUCAGCCGAAUUUUUCCAAUCAUUUUGGAGGAUUUUGGAGGAAAAAGCUCAUCAUCUGCAAUCAACGGAUCUUAUACCACGAUAUUGUAGCCUUGAAUUUCUGAAUUCAUUUUGCUUCUCACUCAGGAGUGAAAUUUUAUGCAGCGAGUGUGACAAUACUACAAGUAACUGUGCCACUGAGACAGUGCUUCCAUUAUCUAUAACAAAGGUAUAUAUAUACCCAAAGAAAUAGAAAGUCAUUGUCAGUGCUAGAUCCAUGCAAGCAUUCAUAAUUUCUUUGUGAGGUAGUGUGAGAUUAUUUGGAUGUGUAAAUUAGCCACCUUGGAGUUCAGAAAAGGACUGUGUUUAGUGUUAAAAAGUAACAAAAUAAUUUAGUGCAUUUUAAAAUGACCUCUCAGUUCUUGAGUAUUUACCACCAGCAAUUUUUCCUUAAUGUUACGGUAGAUAAAAUGGUUUGAACAGCAUAAUAGGUAAAUGCACACGUGGACACAUUUUAUUACAUUAAUAAACAAAACUCAAUUGAACAUUAUUCAAUAACUGGAAACUCAUUUGCUCUUUUAACCACAAUUUACCAGGGAUUACCUUUACAAGAUUUGUUGGACCAAUACUCUGCACCAGUUCAAUUGGAACAGCCCUACAACUGUGAAAGGUACAGUUAGUACAUAUACUGUGAUGCCACCAGUAUUAAGCAGGUGCAAAUACAGUUAUUAUGCCCUGCACUGUGACGUCACAGGUGUUUUGUGUCACUAUUCAAAUAGGUUAUAGGUCUGGAGGGGCACGUGAUUUGUUGUUGUAGUUAAGGUGGCUCCCUGCUGUUUUCGGCAAGAGGAAAAUUGAUGAUUUGGGGUGGAAUUUUUGAACAAUUGUGAAAAGCAAAUAAUAUUAAGUCCUAUAAAUUACUAUCUGAAGAGUAUAAUAUUUUUAACCAAAAAUGACGUCAUUUCCAUUGCUAUGGUAAGGCCACAUAAAAUAAAUUCCUUGAUUCUCAUCACUACACUUUAAAAAUGUCGAAGAGGCGGGAGGUUUAUAUUUUAUAUUUAUAUAAUUUAAUAUAUAUCAAUAAAUAAAAGUGUCACAAACUGAAAUAAAUAUAUUCCUCCACGAACAAUGACUGGCCCUUGAACUGAAUGCAAAGUUCCGUUAAAAUGCAAUGAAAUUUCUUUCAAGGUUCUAUUUGUUUGAAAUUGGCAGUUUAAAAUGGCACUAAAAACCCAAUAUAAAAUAUAAAAAACCCAAUAUAGAAUAUAAAAUAUUUUGUCGGGCGGUACAUUUAUAUUGUAUAACAAAAUAUAAAAAAAAUUCACGCGGCUCUUAAAAUACAGUCGGGCGGUGAUGAGAAUCAAGGAAUUUAUUUUAUGUGGCCUAACCAUGACGUAUAAUAGCGAAAGUAAUUAUUAACUUUUAAAAAAAUUGCCAGUGUAGACACCCACCGUUUUUUUUUCAAGUUAAAUUAGUUUAAUUAAUGUCAGAAAAUCGGCCAUAUUGAGACGUGAUGGUUACCAUAGCAACGGAAGUGGUCAUUUUUGGUAAAAAUUUCUGCUCUCGGAUAGUAAAUUUCACAACUCACUACUAUUUGCAUUUUAACAAGUCACAAUUGUUCAAAAAUUCCACCCUAAAUCAUAUUUUCCUCUUGCCGAAAAACAGUAGGCCACCUUAAAAUGGAGAGUGUAAUGGGGAACACUUAGAGUGUUAAAACAAUUAUAUUACUACUAAAGCCAACUUUCCAUCAUUUUUAGAGUGUACAGCGUUAAAUUAACGUAAAGUACUAACACAUAAAUUUGUACCACAUACACGUUUUGGUUAUUAUUAAGGUGUGGUAAAGGAACUGAUGCCUGGAAAAGAACUUUAGUGCGGAAUCCACCACAGGUAUUAUGCAUUCAGUUAUUGCGCUUUGACGCAAAUGGCCAAAAAAUAAACAAGGAAAUAGAUUAUCCACCCGAACUAACCAUACCUGAGUAUCAACGCGAUUUGAAAGAUGGCAGAAGUGCAACAUCGACAGCCGAAUACACCCUUUCUUCAAUAAUUGUACAUGAAGGAAACCAAAUAUCGUCCGGGCAUUAUGUUUGCUAUGUCAACAGAAGCGGGAGAUGGUUUUAUACAAGUGAUACCGUUGUUAAAGAAACAUCACAGUUAGCCGCAUAUCACCAGAAUGCAUACAUGCUUUUUUACGAGAAAAAGGAGCAACAAGGCCACACCAGUGCAAACGUCGUGUUUACAAAACCAGUACCUACAUGUAGAAAGGAUAAAGAACCCGUAUUAAAUAUUAACACUUAUGCGAAAGCAGUUGCAAGGGGUACUUCCAGCAGCUCUGCCGAAAGGCUCUCUUUGUCUUUAUCCAAGAAACGCAAGGCUGCUCCUUCACAGAUACCUCGUAGAGAUGAAAAUCCACUCUCUUUGUCGACAUCUGUUGGCCCUGCGCCAGACAGCUUUUCUUCAGACACGCCAAUAACUGCAGAGUUCACAAAAGAAGAACCACUUCACUCUUCAUCACUCACAUCAACUUUUAACAGAUCUAUGUCAUCGUCAACACCUGCACAAGUGCAUUCAAGAGCUGAAAGAACCGCAGUUUCAAGCUCUAAAACGACCUCCAUGAGUCCAGCUCCCAAAAUUAAAAUAUCAACAAUUCCUAAUCCUUCAUCAUCUCCAUUGAAGAUGCCUGUAUGUGACGACAAUUCGACCAACGAUGUAGUAAUUACUAAAGUCACAAAACUACCGACAAGUUCAUCAACUGAUAAAGAGCAAGAAGAUAUCACAAUAAAAGUAAUGGUCCCACCCGAUUACUAUAUACCGAUAGAUUCUCGAAGCGCCAAACCAGGAUUGUUCAAAACCAGGAUAGAUGGAAAUGCUGUACGUCCAAACAUGUAUGUAUCCCUAACUGAAGAGGAGAGAAAACGCGCACAAGAGACAGCAUUCGCAGGCGUACAGAUUAGCGUAAGUGAAAGAGUAAAAGAAUGGGAUCCGACAGACAUCAUUCGCAUACUUCCUGCAUCACACAAGCUUUCUGAUUCCCUGUUAUCUAACUUUUUGGUGAACAAGAUUUUCCUGAUGAUUGAAGAAGAAGCAGUUAAGCAGGGAAAACAAGUCCACACCUGCAACAUGGAAGUUCUCCAACGUAUGACAGAACCUUCACUUGAGAUAUUUUUAAAAUGCCAGUAUGAUCAAUUAUACCCUGAUAUUUUAGAUAGUGAAGUAAUACUCUGUCCUUCUUUACACGGAGAUCACUGGUGUUUAGUUGCUGUAUACCCAGCAAUAAAACGAAUGGUUUAUCUGGAUUCUCUUUUUCAAGGAAUAGGGGCAAAAAGGGCAUUCCAACGCGUUGGCAAUUUCAUUGCAUGUGCCAUGAAAUUACAAGGACAAAAGUAUAGUAUUGACGAGUGGGAUUUUUUUGCAAUUCCAGCGAACGACAUUGAACAACAGCUGAACUCAGUCGAUUGUGGCGUGUUUGUGGUAAAAUGGGCACAGCAUAUUGCUGAAGGUAGGAUGAUUGAUUUUAAGCAACGACAUAUAAAUGACUUCCGUUACUCGUUAAUACUGGACAUAGCAGCAAACAAGCUUUCGUGUUUAUCGAUUCCAUUUGCCAGCAGCGAAGGCAGCAACAGGUGCAAACAAACAUCGGACAUUGGUGCGGAUUCUUUCACAUCAUCACCGUCUGAAAACGGCAAUGCAAAUGCAAUCCUUCAAGAUCAUUGCUACUCACUUGCUAUGCAGGAUAAUAUACCUGAAGAAACUAAUGCUGAUGUAUUACCCCAGCAUGUACAGUGCAUACUUCCACCAACAGCUGUUUAUAAAUACUUGGAAUAUGAAGAACUUCCGGACAACGAUACUACGGAAUCUAAGAAAUAUAGAGUUAAAUUUAACAUUAAAAAUGUGUCAACACCAAAGGAAAUCGAAACAUGGGUUUCUGAAUUUGCAGCAUCGUCAAACAUUAAAUACAAUUCUCAAGGUGGCUAUAAGAGAAAAGGUGUCAGAGUUUCAUUUGCCCAGUGGUAUAUUUGCGAGUGUAAAAGAAAGGAACUGAGCAGGAACCAAAAAGAAGCGAAAGCCGAAGCUAUGAAACGUAGGCAGGAGCGUCACGACACUCAUGCUGCUAAUGCCGAGGUCAUUGACAAGAUCCAUUUACUAUCCAACAUCCGCGAUAAAAAAACAGAUUGUGAGAGUAAAAUGGUAAUAAAAGUGCGUACUAAAGCAGUGGAAGGAAUUGUCUGUAAUGUGGAAUUAUGGUGGAAUCACAACCACAGCGUGGACUGUCAUCACCUUACCAGCUUUAGCCAAAUCUUACCUGCAACGAGACACAAAUUUCUAACUUAUUUUGAGCAGGGCAUGUCUGCGUCGGAGUCGUUCCAUUAUCACGAAACAAAGUUAAUGAAAGAUCCUGUUACCGUUCUUCUCUUAGCUGAUAGAAAGUACUGCCCAUCCUUGAGAGACGUUAAUAAUCUCUAUGAGAAGUGGAGAAAAACAACAAAGGGACCAUGUAAUGGAUCUGAAAUGUUUGACUAUCUGCAAGAGUAUAUUACAACAUAUAAUAAAGACAAAAUGAAUGAUGGUGGCAAAAUCUUUCUACAAAGAUAUAACAACGAAGUAAAGCAGGAGAAACCAUUGAUCAUUUCCAUAUGUACUCCAAUGAUGUCACGUGUACACAAGUUACGGCAGGCUGGUGAAAUGGCUUUCAUGGAUGCAUCUGGGAGUCUUGAUCGACACAAUAACCCAGUUUAUUUUAUGUGUACUCAUCAUCCAUCUGGUGCCCUUCCUUUAGCAGUGUGGAUAACUUCCAGCCAGUCAGAAUCCACUUUGAAUAGUUGCUUACAGAACGUUGUAUCAGUGCUACCGCAACAUGCAUUUGGUGGAAAGGGGGCAGCAUCUGGUCCUUCAAUUUUUCUCACCGAUGACGACAGUGCUCAGAGAAAUGCUUUGCGUGCAUACUGGCGUUCAUCCAUUCUUCUUCUAUGUAUAUUUCACUUCCUUCAAGCUGUUUGGAGAUGGCUUUUGGAUAGCACCAAUGCCAUUAAUAAACAUGAUCGGCAGCACUUAAUGUCCCUUUGCCAAGGACUGGUAUUCGCGGACACAGUAGAAAAAUUUCAUGUCAAUGAAACCCAGAUGCAGACAGACAAAACGGUGUUAAAGUAUCGUAAUUUCUAUGACUACAUUAAAAAUGCGUUAGAAAGAAAAGAACAAUGGGCACUUUGUUUUAGAAAAGGACUUCUGACAAGAGGAAAUAACACAGACAACUUUACGGAAUCUAUGAUUUUCGUUUUUAAAUGUGUCAUCUUAAAGCGUAUCAGAGCGUAUAACUUGUUAGAAUUAGUGAAAUUCAUAACUGAGGAUUUGGAGAUGUAUUUCCAAAGGAAACUGUUAGCUCUUGCGUUCGGUAAGCCACAAAAUCUUCAUGUUACUGCGCGAUGCUUUGGAAGAAAUGCGAGUACAGUGCCAGUUGACAACAUCACCAGGGACAUCGAAAAUGCUUUUCAUUUUAAUGUUACAAGCAGAAAGAACAAGGACCUCACUUACCAAGUUGACACCAGUUUAGGGAUUUGCACCUGUCCACAUGGAGAAAAUGGCUCAGGUUGUGCACAUCAAGCUGCGGUUGCCUUAAAGUACGGAGGUGGUAACAUCAACUUUAUUCCACGAUCCGCUCAAGAUCGAUACGCGCUUGCUGUUUUAGCAAUAGGAGAUAAUCCCCAACUCAAAGUAAGACAGUUUGUUCAGCUGCAUGAAAAAUCUGAAAGCGUUAUGAAUGUGAAGAAAGAUGUAAAUGGAAUUGAAACGGUGCCUCAGCAAAACAAGGAAAAGGAUGUAAAGGAAGACGAGCAACGUUGGCAUGACACCGUCCUAGGCCAUACAGAAGACGAACCUGUAGCCCUCAAGGAAAUUCUUAAACUGCAUCAGGAAGUUGCAGCCGACAUCGAGUUAAAAAUAAGGAACGAAGAUGAUAACUUUAAGAAAUGUUAUUACAAUUUCCUAAGGACGUACCGAAAAAUAGUAACAAAAUGCCGUGGCCACUCCCCCGUAGCAUCGCUUGCAAAUGCAUUUGUACAUUUCGGAAAGCAACAAAGCAGCAACCUUAUUCCAGUCUUGCACAACGGGUCAAGAAUACGUGUUCAGCCAACAUCAAUCUCUCGAAGAAAAUCUGGUGUGAAGUCAUCUUCUGCUCAACCUUCAGGUCCUAAACCAAGGCUGCAGACAGGGAUGAAAAGAAAGUGGCAAGCAGAUGAUAAGGAAAAAAUGAACAUAAGGAAAUUAGCCAAAAAGAAACGCCAACGUAACUUGAGUAUGAAUGUAAAGAAAAACCUUGCAAAUGCUGGACCAAAACGAUAA